CGCGUGCUUCCCCUCCGACCUCUAUUCCUUAGCCCUCCAACCACCACUCACGGCUUCCCCUCCCAUUCGUGACUGGUGAUUUCCCCGCCAGGAAGCUGAGGUGGAGGGAACGAGAUGGGGUUCAUCGGUGACACCCUGGAGUAGAUCUGCUCCAUGCACUAGAUUUGCAUUGUGUGUUAACAAUCAAACAAUAUUGUGCCUCGUAGUUGAAUCAUGUCAGAACAAGCACUAGAUUUGCAUUCAUACGUAACUCAGGAAAAUGAAAGAAGGAAGAGAAGAAGGCUCGCGUUGGCAGAAAUUUAUUUCAAAACCAUUGUUGCUACGCUAGCAUACAUGCAUACCGGGAGGAGACCAAGGGAGCUACACUGUUUUAGUAAUGAUGAGCACCGCCAUAUACUUAGAAGAUAUUUACUCAAAGAAUUAUAUGAUGCAUCCGAGGUAACAUGCUACGAUGAGUUGCGUCUAACUAAAAGGAAUUUCCAUGACUUGUGCGCCAUGUUACGUGAGAAGUGUGGCCUUUGUGAUAGUGUGCACAGUAAAGUUGAAGAAAGGGUUGCAAUGUUCUUGCUUAUUGUUGGCCAUGGUCUGAAAAUGAGGCUGCUUCGUGGAACUUACAAGCGGUCUCUAGAGACUAUUAGUAGGUUCUUUGCUGAUGUAUUGACAUCUAUUCUAUCUCUAUCUAAAGAGUUCAUCAAGCUUCCUGAUUCUUCGGUUCAGCCCCCCGGAGAUUAUAAAUGGAAGUGGUUUGAUAAUACUCUUGGGGCACUAGAUGGUUGCCAUGUCGAUGUGUGUGUUAACAUACCUGACCAAGGAAGGUACAGAAAUAGAAAGCAGCAAAUCACAACUAACAUGUUAGGUGUGUGUGAUUGGAAUAUGAAAUUUUUAUAUGUGCUGCCUGGUUGGGAGGGUUCAGCUUCUGACUCAAGAGUUUUACGUGAUGCAAUGAGAAUUGGUCGUCAAGAUGCUUUUGUUGUACCAAAGGGCAAAUAUUAUUUAGUUGAUGCUGGAUAUACAAAUGGUCCUGGUUUUCUAGCUCCGUAUAGAUCAACCCGCUAUCAUUUGAAUGAGUGGGCUACAAGUCAACAGCAGCCCCAAACUCCAAAAGAGCUAUUUAACUUGCAUCAUGCUCGUGCUAGAAAUGUGGUAGAGAGAACCUUUGGCUUGUGGAAGAAAAAAUGGGCUGUUUUGCGUGAACAAAGUUUCUUUGACAUAAAGGACCAGGUAUAAAAUACUCAUAUGAUGUGUCUUUGCUAGUUUAAUUCAGAACUUACCUAGUUUAAUUUGACAUCAUAUUAAUCUUUGCACAGAUUCGCAUUAUUAAUGCUUGUUGUGUCUUACACAACUUCGCAAGAGAGAGGCAGCAUGAGAUGGAUGAUCUAUUAUUGCAAGAAGUGGACAGUGAGAUAGCUGCUUUGCCAACCGAGCGCCAUGGCUGAACUGAAAGCAAAGAGGGGUAGUCGUACUUACCUCACAUGGACAGAUGCGAUGGAUCUAGCUCUUUUGGAAGUUCUUGUGGAGCAUCACAAUAAUGGAGACCGUGGUCAAAAUGGUUGGAAGCCACAUGUCUACAAUGCUGCCAUAAGAAAUGUGAAGGAUAAGUGCAAUGUGGAUAUCACAAAGGAUAAUAUUUCCGCAAGGUGCAAGACCUUUGAUAAGCACUAUGAAAUCAUUAGCAAGAUACUAUCGCAGAGUGGCUUUGGGUGGGAUUGGGAGAACAAUAGACUUUCUAUGGACAGCGAAGAUGUUUGGUUUAGAUAUGUGGAGGCUAACAAAGGAGCAGCAUGCUACAAGACAAAAGUGGUGAAGAACUGGGAUGCAAUCUACACUAUAUACUCCAAAGACCAUGCCAAUGGUGAAGGUGCCAAGACAGGGACUGAAAGUGGUCAAGAUGUGGUGAAUGACAGUCCUACAAAUGCCAAUGAAAACUCUCUGGUGUUAGCUCCAAAGAAGCAGCGAACUGGUGAUGCAAUUAUGGGUGUACUUACUGAUAUGAAAGCUUCAUUUCAAGAGGCUAUGCAGUCCAAUGCACCUUUAGAAUUGCCAAAGAAGACGGCUCCGUCUAAGAUCCUUGCAGCGCUUCAAGAAAUUCCUGAUUUACCUCGUGAAGACAUGCUACGAUCUUAUGGUAUGCUGCUAAGCCGUGAUGAUCGCAUAUUUGAAGCUCUUAUGGAGCUCCCUAUGGAAAUGAGGAAAGAUUGGCUGCUGUUUGAGAAUGAGAGGAAGUGAAGUAUGUGGAGACAACAUAGUCUUUUGCUACUUCAGGAUGCUAGUUAAAACUUGUUCUCCUAGUUAGUUAGUGGAGAAAGACUUUGCUUUUGCUACAAUGUAGUAGUUAAGAACUUGUUGAAAUAUUAACUAGUUAUCGUCAUGUUGUAUUGUCACAGGUAUUGUAGUAUUUAUUUGUGAUUUGAGUGAUCUGAAUGUUCACUUG